AUGAAUGAAUUAAAUAUACUAGGACUUGAAGCAACGGGAGGAAUUCAAAUCGAAAAUGAUGAAGAUGAUUAUUCUACAACAGAUGCUGAAGAAAAUCCAACAAUUUCAACUACUUCAACUCAAAAACUAAAUUCUAACUUAUUAAAUCAGCAAUCUAAGCCAGUUUCUAAAGAAACAGAUAAUGCUAUUACUAAAAAAGAAGUACCUCCUCAAAAAAACGAAGAUAAAAAAUCAAAGCCAACUCAACAGAAAAAAGAAGAAAACAACGCAUCUAGAUAUUCUUCCAAAUCAAAGUUAAUUGAAAAAUUACUAGAAAGUCUCAAUACAGUAGAUAAUUUGUUAAUUUCGACUGUAAAAAAGCACAAUCCAGAAGAACCAGCGAAAGAAAAAGAUGAAAAUAUUAAGGUUACGCCAAAACCAGAUACAAAUAAUGAAAAGAAAAAAGAUAAAACAGAAUCUUCGAAACAAGAAGAAAAAACCGUUGAAACUCCAAGCGAGCCUACUACUGACUCUUCGUUUAAUGCUCCUGACAUUCCUUCCCCUGUAAGUGAUAAUGAACAAAUUCCUCAUUAUUUAAGCGAAUCUACAGAAGAAGAAAGCGUGCAAUCAAUCCCUGAAGUGGAAGAACCAAAACCAGUUAAAACUGCCAAGAAAACAUCACUUCUACAACCUAAAAAACCUAAAAAAGAACCAAAACAAAAAAACCUUGAAAAUUACUCAACAAAUGGUAAAGAAGUUGGUCGAGAGAUCGAAAUAUACCGAAUGAUUACAAGAAUUCAAGAAUUUUUUGAUAAUAAAUAUUCAAUUCCACAAAUUCUUGCAACAAUUCAUAACAAUGCAGGAAACGUGACAAAAGCAAUAGAUUCUCUCAAGAAAGGAAAGGAUAUUGGCUCGGAAUCCGACUUAGUUCGAACAGAUACAGUAAAAGGUUCCCAAAACCUAAUUCAAAACUAUUUUCAUGUUUAA